AUGUUUUCGCAAUUCAAGGAUCGCGUCGCACGUCGCAAUAAAGCCAGCGGCACUUCCACCACCCGACACAAUCGCUUGUCGAAGCCGAGAACGAACACGAACUCGAAGCCGAACAGUCCUGUCGUCAAUAAUGAUAUCCCCUUUCCCGAUUCGCCGUUGCGUGCGAGUAGCCGAAAGGAGAAUCGCAACUCAAUGCUGUCGCCAUUGAGCAAAGAGGCUGGCUCAGCAAUCUGGUCUGAUCAAGAUGUACUGGAUACCGAGCCAGCAGUGGAGAGUCGAGGACGCCGUUCGACUGUAGUCUCAAGGUCGAACUCACACACACAUUCGAGGUCGGGUUCUGUACUACGGUCUUUUGUACGAAGCAGACGAAACUCGACCACAAACCUCAAGAACCUACCGGAGUCAAAGGUGUCUCUGGUAUCGAACACACAAUCAGAUAUCGAUGCGGCUGUUCGCUUAUUGCAGGAAGUGAGGAAGAACGCCUCGCCUGAGGACUUGGCAGCGUUGCGCGAAGCUUUGGAACGCCCGACAGAGCCUUCAGCCUCGACGUUAGAGAAAGAAUAUGACAGAUCUAGUCCAGAGAUUAGUGGCGUGCUUACUCGGCGAAAGUCACUCGUUCAGGCACCGGGUGUCGCGACUCGGAUAUCGCCCAUAGAAGGUCAGCGUCGAACCUGGAAUUCGUGGAAGGCACCGCAAAUGCGACUUGAAGACGAAGCCAAAUGGCAAGCUCCGAGCCAGGGACCAUCUCCGCUGGAUCGCCUUAGAGCUCUGGACUCGGCAGACAGCUCUCAAGCACAAAGUCCAGGAGACCUGGAUUACUCACACUUGCUCGGCUACAAGCCUGGAACAUUGAUGGUGGUCAAUGGCGAAGCUUCGCCAGCUCUUAGCACGGUCGAUCUGGCACGCAUUGCGCGAGCGAACGAAGAGAGCGACUACUUCUCCGCGACUGAGCCUGCGCCUAGUCCUUUGGCAACGAAGAGCGAGAGAAAGCACACGAAGCCUAGGAGCAUGUCAGCUGUUGGUCUACGUGACAGCAACACCAAAUUUCACCCGGACGCGGCUGGUGAAGAGAAAAUACCCAUCACCUACGUUAAGCCAGAGAUUAAACUGAAGAAGCGACCGCAAAGCAUUGCUGUAAUCACACGGCGGUCAUCGCAAAGCGCUGAUAAUCUUGCACGAGAUUAUCAGGCUUACAUUCCGUACAGUCCCUUCGAGAACCAGAUGGUAAUUCACGACAUCUGGCAAGAACAAGAACCAACGACUGAUGAGCUCUUCCUCGAGGGAUUCCAACCUCAAAUGCGCCCAGACAAUCUCGUAGAGCUGUCAGCAACCAUAACAGACGUGACCGAACUCUCGCCACCAUCCACAGCCACGAGCACGAGCACGAACACAUUAGAGACACCCAAGUACCGGACCCCUCGGCCAUCACCAAGGAGCUCGGACUCUGGCUACUCGUCUAUAGGUUCAUUUGAUGGCAUUAUGAGAGUGCCCAACAACGACGAGCAGCAACAGCAUCAUCAAGCGCUUCAAGUGGCCAGCCCACCGUCUGAUUCAGCGCAUGCUCUAUGCAGCUUUGGUAGGAGACAGACUAUGAGUUUUGAGCUGCCCACCCAAGGCGGUCCCUCAGCUUCGUUUGAACAAUCACUCUUAGCUACUGUACCGAGACGUGCACACGGGCGCACUCUGUCUCUGGACAUCCCUCGAGAAGUUGCUGAGCUUCCAUCGAUGGAUUCAGUGCUUACACCUGCUACGCCGGAGUUUGCUACGCCAUAUUCAGCUACUUCCAAGCACUCUGAGAAACAGUCAACGAGGCAGAUCCGGCGCCUACAGAAACGACGACCAUCCCAGCCUCAACUUCCAGUGGUCCAGUCAGCUCUGCUGAGCCGUGAGAUCAUUCCCGAGGUUCCAGACGAUGUCAAAGUCAAAUUUUCUCGACGUCUCUCAGCGACUCCUGGUAUGGAGUAUUUGACUCAUACCUACCCAACCAAAGACCAUGUUACUUCAGCCGAGUCUACCACCAGCUUCAUCUCCGUUGAUCCGUUAUCAUCAUCAAUGCAACUUGAACCUGAUGAGGCACCCGCAUCCCCAGCUCGUGGUCGAAGGCGGAGUAUGUCUUUUUUCCGGAGGAAGUCGACAUCAGGCAAGAAAAACAAAGACCAUAUGGAGGGAAUGCCCUCACCCAAGGUCUUAGACCUCGGUACAAUCGCAGUUUCCCUUGGUGCUUCUCCAUACGAUCCCUCCAUGUUCGGCUCCUUCCAACAGACACAGGUCGUGGAGAACCCAACCCAUCCUCACCAGCUUGGUCAAGCACGAUCACAUUCGCGGUCAAGAUCAGCAGUAAGCAUGAGCUCCGACACAGCCGCAGAAUAUGCACGCAUACGAAGUAAGGAUCGUGCUCUUCCGGAACCAGAGAUGCCAGAAAUCCCUCAGCAGCGUAAACCACGCCGGAAGCCAAAGAUGGAGAUCGGCGAGGCGACGCAGCCGAAACGACGACCGCAAAGCUUCUACUUUGGCGAGGCUCCACCGAUGCCAGCCAUUGACCAUGCAAAAUACGCAGCACCUCUCUCCGCUAAACCCCGGCUGGAGAACGUAGAAACACCUACUGCAAACCAGUCUCGCGUCCGCGCGAGUUCGCCACCCCAGUCGCCGCUAAGACCCAACCAUACACGACCACCGUCGGCUCACAAGAACGUCGACUGGGAACAGAAGGUAGACUGGGAGCAGCAUGCCCUUCAGUGGAGCCAGUGCCGCCAGUCUCUCGGCGACAGCCUGCGACCUCGACCAACAGUCGAAGCCAAAGAAAAUGUCGCACCUGCCAGUCGUGCUCGUCCAAUGUCUUACACACCCCACGAACUUACUACCUUCGGUCGCUACAGUGGUGGAUUCGAAUACGACCAUGAGGGCCGUGAACAAAUCGGUGGCUCAGCCGGCACCCGGCAACUGCACAGCUACGCGAUGCAAAAGAGCAUGCACUUCAAGCAGAGCUACGGAGUUGAUCUGUCUGACGUUCCUAUUUUUGUACAGAGGCAGUAA